UCCCCGUCACGUGACGCGGCGCGGGGGGUGUCACGUGGGACGGCGGCGCGGCCGUCAUGGCGGCCAUGGCGGCGGAGAAGGAAGCGGAGGCGCAGCGGCUGCUGAGCGAGGCCGAGCGCAAGGUCCGGGGCGCUCAGUCCUUCCUCGGGGGCCUCUUCGGGGGCUCGUCGCGGCUGGAGGAGGCGUGCGAGGCCUUCACCCGCGCCGCCAACCUCUUCAAGAUGGCCAAGGACUGGCGCCAGGCUGGCUCAGCUUUCUGCAGGGCUGCCCAGCUGCAGCUGCAGCUCCAGAGCAAACACGACGCCGCCACCAAUUUCGUGGACGCCGGCAACGCCUUCAAGAAGGCAGAUCCACAGGAGGCCGUCUCCUGCCUGCUCCGCGCCAUCGAGAUCUACACGGACAUGGGCCGUUUCACCAUGGCGGCCAAGCACCACAUCGCCAUCGCCGAGAUCUACGAGAGCGACCUGCUGGACAUUGAGAAGGCCAUCGCGCACUACGAGCAGGCGGCCGAUUACUACCGAGGGGAGGAAUCCACCAGCUCGGCCAACAAGUGCCUGCUGAAGGUGGCAGCGUACGCGGCGCAGCUCGAGCAGUUCCCGCGCGCCAUCGACAUCUACGAGCAGGGUGUGGGGGCGGUGGCCAUGGACAGCCCCCUGCUCAAGUACAGCGCCAAGGAGCAUUUCUUCAGGGCCGCCCUCUGCCACUUCUGCGUCGACAUGCUCAACGCCAAGCUGGCGCUGCAGCGUUACGAGGAGAUGUUCCCUGCCUUCUCCGACUGCCGCGAGUGCAAACUGCUCAAGAAGCUGCUGGAGGCUCACGAGGAGCAGAACGUCGACGCCUUCACCGACGCCGUGAAGGAGUUUGACUCCAUCUCCCGCCUGGACCAGUGGCUGACGUCGCUGCUGCUGCGCAUCAAGAGGAGCAUCCAGGGCGACGAGCAGGACCUGCGCUGAAACCCCCAAAACCCCCAAAAAACGCCCCAAAAUUACAUUAAAAACACCCCCAAAAAUAUAUUAAAAACGCCCCAAAAAUAUGGUAAAAAUACCCGCAAAAAUACCCCAAAAAACGCCCCAAAAACACCCGAAAAAUAAAAUAAAAACACCCCAAAAACACCCUAAAAAUCUAUUAAAAACAGCCCAAAAAUAUGGUAAAAAUACCCACAAACAUAUCCCAAAAAUGUAUUAAAAAUGCUCCAAAAACAUGGUAAAAAUACUGCAAAAAACACCCAAAAAAUAUAUUAAAAAUGCCCCAAAAAUAUGGUAAAAAUACCCGCAAAAAUACCCCAAAAACACCCCAAAAACCACCCGAAAAAUACAUUAAAAACACCCCAAAAAUAUAUUAAAAACGUCCCAAAAAUAUGGUAAAAAUACCCACAAAAAUACCCUCAAAACAUUGUAAAAAUACCCCAAAAAUAUAUUAAAAACACCCCAAAAACACCCUAAAAAUCUAUUAAAAAUGCCCCAAAAAUAUGGUAAAAAUACGCACAAAAAUACCCCAAAAACACCCUAAAAAAUAAAUUAAAAACACCCCAAAAAUAUGGUAAAAUUACCCCCAAAAAUACCUGAAAAUAUGUUAGAAACACCCCAAAAACAUGGUAAAAAUACCCCCAAAAACACCCCAAAAUUACAUUAAAACACCCUAAAAAAUAUAUUAAAAAGUCCCAAAAAUAUGUUAAAAAUACCCACAAAAAUACCCCAAAAACAUUGUAAAAAUACCCCAAAAAUACAUUAAAAACACCCUAAAGAUAUGGUAAAAGUACCCCAAAAAACAACCCAAAACCACCCCAAAAAUACAUUAAAAACACCCCAAAAAUAUGGUAAAAAUACUGCAAAAAACACCCAAAAAUAUAUUAAAAAUACCCCAAAAAUAUGGUAAAAAUACCCCCAAAAAUACAUUAAAAACACCCCAAAAAUACAUUAAAACCACCCCAAAAACGUGGUUAAAAUACCCCAAAAAAGUUCCAAAAGUAUGUUAAAAAAAAAACCCAAAAAACCCCGAAAACAUGUUAGAAAUACCACCAAAAUACCCCAAAAAUAUGUUAAAAACACGCCCAAAAAUACCCCAAAACGUCCCAAAAAUAUGUUAAAAAUACCCUCAAAAAUUCCCUCAAAAUUCCCCAAAAAUUGCCUUAAAAACACCCCAAAAGUCCCACAAAAUACCCCAAAAAAACCCCAAAAAAUUUUUAAAAAUCCCCACAAAAAUCCUGAGGAAAAAAACCCCAAAAAACCCGAAAAAUGCCACCAAACCCCCCCCCAA